AUGCAGACUGCUUCUACAAACAUUUGUGAAAGACUGUGCAAUGAAUCCAUCUGUGAAAUUUCCUUGCUACUAAAUAUUCCACAGUCAACUGUUAGUGGUACUAUAACAAAGUGGAAGCAACUGGGAACAACAGCAACUCAGCCACGAAGUGGUAGGCUACGUAAAUAGAAGACAGAAGUGCACAGUGUGUGGAGAAAUUGCCAAAUGUCUGCAGAGUCAAUAGCUAAAGACCUCCAAACUUUGUGUGGCCUUCAGAUUAGCACAACAACAGUGCAUAAAGAGCUUCAUGGAAUGGGUUUCCAUGGCUGAGCAGCUGCAUCCAAG